ACGUUGCAGUGACUUAUUGGUUGAAGCUUGGUGCAGAGGGAGAUACAGUGGAGAGUACUAGGUGAGGUUUUGGUUGGGCGAUUUUAUCGAGUAAAAAUGGAGACGUCUCUGAGGUAUUCGAAGUCUUUGAGAAUCCAUGCGAAGGAGAAGCUCCCUUUCAACUCCAAAACCCAUUUGCAGCUUCAUGGAGAGCUAGAUACUGGAACUGGAUCCCCUAGUUACUUCUCUGCCAUGAUCAGACACCUUUUCCCCGAGGCUUUAACAGGGUUAGGAGUAGGAUUGCAUUAUGAUAAGCGCCGCAAGCUCCGGUCUCAUGUCCGCGGAAAAAAAGAGUUUCCUAUGGGAGCUAAUAAGCUUGUGACCUUUAAUGUUAAAGGCCGGUGUGAUUUUGAUCAAGACUUCAAUCAGAAGAAUCCUAUAGGAGCCGCAGAAUUUGCCUGGAACAUAAUGAAUUUUAAGGAAGAUCAGGAUGUACGAAUCAAAGUUGGCUACGAAGUGUUUAAUAAGGUUCCUUAUAUGCAGAUUAGAGAAAACAAUUGGACUCUUAACGCUAACAUGAAGGGAAAAUGGAACUUGAGCGUCUACCAUGUGAAGAUAAAGACGAAUGUUUUCAAGAUUAUAUAGGCAAAUGUGAUUGUUCUGAACCAUAGAGAAGCAACGGCUGAACCAGAGCCAACUAGACCGACUAAAAUGUCUUUUAACUUGCAAACCGUAAACCGGAAAUCCAUCAUAAUUUUGUUAACCGAUUAUAAACCGGGAUCAUCAGAGAACCAGCCGUGUUUGGUCUGUUUUUGUGUUGUGGUUUGUUUGAGCUUUAGAUGUUGGUGCUGCUUAGAACAUCAACAUCAUAACCAGAAUGAAUUUUAAAAGUUUUACAAAGUAUUAAUCUAUAUUUGCUGUCAAGAUUUGCUUACUGAUCAUCAUCACUCAGAAAGAGGAAAAAAAGGAUCAGAGAUCGUUUUCAAGCAGUAGAAGAAAAAGAGACAUGGACAAGUCACCCACUUCAUCGUUGGAUUUGGUAGUGGCUUUAACUAAAAAUCAACGUGAUCUCUAUGCAUAUUUAAACUAUAUCUCAAUAAUGCUCUCAUUAUAUGGCGGCAUUAUUUAAAAGCUUUGAGUGAUGAAGUACUUUUGUUUGUUGAUAAAGAAAAUUGCACUAGAUGUGACAAGUUUUAUCCC